UGGCGUCCCGGAACAGCUGCAGCGGGCGCUGGGCCCGUCUGGAAUGCGGGAGCAGGCUGCGCACCAGGACUUUUAUGGAAACUUGCUGCUGGCGCGCCGCGGCCAGAGGGCUCAGGGUGGCUGGAGCAGCGUGGGCAGCGCGCAGAGCCGGACGCGCAGGAGCAGCGGGAGCAGCGGUGCGGCGCCCCGGCGGCAGGCGGGUACAAAUAAAUACAAAGCUUCAGCCCCAAACCACAUAGAGCAAACAUGAAUGACGUUUCACAAAAGGCAGAGAUUCUGCUUUCUUCAUCUAAACCUGUCCCCAAAUCCUAUGUGCCAAAGCUGGGCAAGGGUGAUGUAAAGGAUAAGUUUGAAGCCAUGCAGAAGGCCAGGGAAGAGAGAAAUCAGAGGCGGUCUAGAGACGAAAAGCAAAGAAGAAAAGAACAAUAUAUUAGAGAGAGAGAAUGGAACAGGAGAAAGCAGGAGAUUAAAGAAAUGCUUGCUUCUGAUGAUGAGGAAGAGAUUUCUGCUAAAAUAGAAAAGGCUUAUGUCCCAAAGCUAACAGGGACAGUUAAAGGUAAAUUUGAUGAAAUGGAGAAACACAGACAGGAAGAACAAAGGAAGAGAACGGAAGAGGAAAGAAAACGCAGACUUGAGCAGGAUCUGUUGGAAAAGAGGAAAAUACAGCGUGAAUUAGCAAAAAGAGCUGACAUACAGAACAAUAGGCUUCACCAUGACACUUUUCUACAGGUAUUAGAUGAUGAUUCUCCAGAGAUAUAUAAAACAGUUUCUCAAGAAUCUUUGAUGCCUGGAAAACUGGAGAUUAAUUUUGAAGAAUUAUUAAGACAAAAAAUGGAAGAAGAAAGACGACGAACGGAGGAGGAACGGAGGCAUAAACUAGAAAUGGAGAAACAGGGAUUUGAGCAACUGAGACAAGAAAUGGGAGAGGAAGAAGAAGAAAAUGAAAGUUUUGGAUUGAGUAGAGAAUACGAAGAAUUAAUCAAAUUAAAAAGAAGUGGUUCUAUUCAAGCUAAAAGUCUAAAAAGCAAGUUUGAAAAAAUUGGACAGUUGUCUGAAAAAGAAAUACAGAAAAAGAUAGAAGAAGAACGAGCAAAGAGGAGAGCAAUUGACCUUGAAAUUAAAGAGCGAGAAGCAGAAAACUUCCACGAGGAAGAUGAUGUUGAUGUAAAGCCUGCAAAAAAAAGUGAAUCCCCCUUUACUCAUAAAGUGAACAUGAAAGCCAGAUUUGAACAAAUGGCUAAGGCAAGAAAAGAGGAAGAACAACGGAGAAUAGAAGAACAGAAGUUACUACGAAUGCAGUUUGAACAGAAAGAAAUUGAUGCAGCACUACAGAAGAAAAGAGAAGAUGAGGAAGAAGAAGAAGGUAGCAUCAUUAAUGGCUCCACUACUGAAGAUGAAGAGCAAACAAGAUCAGGAGCUCCAUGGUUCAAAAAGCCUCUAAGAAAUACCUCAGUUGUAGACAGUGAGCCAGUCAGAUUCACUGUUAAAGUAACAGGAGAACCCAAACCAGAAAUCACAUGGUGGUUUGAAGGAGAAAUGCUGCAGGACGGAGAAGACUACCAGUACAUUGAAAGAGGCGAAACUUACUGCCUCUAUUUACCAGAAACUUUCCCAGAAGAUGGAGGAGAAUAUAUGUGUAAAGCAGUCAACAAUAAAGGCUCUGCAGCAAGUACCUGCAUUCUUACCAUUGAAAUGGAUGACUACUAGGCUUCCUUCUCUUCUUGGAACUCACUCUCUCAACUCUCUUGCUACAUCUCUGUGGAGGGGCCAUGAGGAGACCAGAGGUGCCACUCUGUUGACUAAAUACCCUUCCCCAAAUCUUCAAAAUAGGAGCUCAUCCAAAGACUGCCUUUUCUAAUGCACAUCAGGUUACCAUGUUGUGCCCAGUCAAAAUGUAGUUGACAGGAAGGGAAAUGUACUUAUUAUGUGAGAAUCUAAAACAAAAGCUUUGUAUUUUCCAUAUUUAUAGCAAUUAUGCUUCAAGUAUACAUUGUAUGCAUGAAAGAAUUUAAGAGUUUUUACAUCUAAAAUUAGCCAGAGAGGACAAUGAAAUUGGAACUGAUCAGUCUUCCUCUGUAGCAUGUAAUUGCUGUGGAUUCCAAGUUUUUAUGAAGCAGAUAUACUUACAAAAGGAGUAGCAUUCUUUUCAUGAGAAAGGUGGAGCAUUGAAAAGAAAAAAAAAACCAAGUGGGAUAUUUUUUAUAAACUAAACUAAAUUUGAUAGAAACCAAAGCUUACAGUGUUCCAAGAUGGCAGUUAUUUAACACAUGCAUUUCAAAUGUGUAACGACCACACUUAAGUUUAUGCUGUUACCCGCCUGAACAAAUUAUACUUUAAUGAGAAAAUACUAGUAUUCCAUGCAAGAACAAAUGUUUUUAACAUCACUGAAGGUUUCAAGACCUAGGAGGAUUAGAUUCAGAAAAAAAAAUGAUUCAUUUUAAAAUUCUUGCUUUAAAAAUAAGUCUGUAAAUGUCUGGAGUGACAGUGCAUGCCAUUAAUCCCAAAACUUGGGAGAAAAAGGCAGGUGGAUCUCUAUGAGUUCAAGGUCAGCCUGAUCUACAUAGUGAGUUCCAGGACAGUCAGGACUACAUAGUGAAACUGUCUCAAAACAACAAAGUCUGUAAAUAAUUAUAACUAUAAACGUUCUAUUAUUUGGUUGUUUUAUAUUUAUAUUCAGUUUCCUGGAAAACAAUUUUAUUUUACAUUGUGAAACCAUAAUAAAGUUACCUGUGCAUUAAAA